GCUGAGCAUACCACAUCACCUCAUCAUCUCCAUGGCGAUCACCCGGGUCAGAUAGGUACGACAGGACCAUUCGACCUCUAACAGGUCUCCUGACCUGCAGCAGAGAGCAAUGUUCGGUGGCGCUUUCUCGGGCUUCUUCUCGGGCUGGGACACUUUAUCUGCAUACACCAGUCUCUCUACUGGAUUACAGAAGCGCCUCGCUUCGUUCCUGCUCAAGCGAGCCAUCGGACACCUCGUCAAGGAUGGCCAGCUCGAUCUCAAUCAGAUUGAGGCAGGUGUCACAGCAGGGCGACUAGAGAUUCGAGACAUUGAGCUGGACGCAAAGGCCGUAAAUGCGCUCCUCGGUCCUGUUCCUCUUCUCGCCACAUCGAUAUCUCUGGCAAACAUCAGCAUUCAGAUACCAUGGUCAAACCUCAGAGGAGGGGAUCUCGUUGUCCUGGUCCAGCGACCUAGCGCCCACUUCGUAGUGGCUCCACCUCAUAGCGCAGGGGCCAAGCCAGCGCAAGAGCCCCUAGAUGUGUCGCUGGCCGAUACGGUGGAAGACUUGCUGGAGGAAGAUGCCGAAGGCAGAGAGCUGCAAGAGUCUUUGCAAGGAUCGCUUCAUGAAUCGAUUGGAGUACCCGGAGGCGCCCCAACAGCAGACGAUGCAUCCUCCACAGCUGUCGAGCCAGAGGCAGGGUCGAUCGUAGCCUCAAUGGUUGAGGGGCUGCUAUCUCGCCUCAAGGUCGAGAUCUCGGAUGCACAUUUUGUCAUUAGCGAGAAGGUAUUUCUGCCGGAACCCACACACUUCGAUCUCGAAGCCAAUAUCAGGAGUAUCAAGCUCAGAACAGAGACAAGUCUCGAGCAGAAGGAAGAUGGCAGUAAUUGGCGUCGAAAGGUGCGCAACAUCGAUGUGACUAGUCUCAGUCUCUGGACCACUCUGCAAGUCCUACUUCGGCAUAGGUCGUCACUGUCAAGCUCAGACACAUCAUCAGAUGACUCUUCUACGUCCCCUCGAUCUGGGAGCUAUGAGUCGGACGAUGUCAUGAGGAUGAGUCAGGCCGUCGAUGAUCUUGCCCUCAGCGUAGCUUCUGGCGCUUCGAGAUACGAGGAAGCUCACUCCGGGACAGAAAGUAUCUAUGGGGAUAGUCAAGAGGAGCAGGAGCCCCGCCGUACGAACAGAACCGGUAGCAACGAAGGGCGAGCCGCAGGUAGCGUUCAUUCGUCCCGCAGCAAGAUCCUGGACUUUGGGGAUGAGCCGAUAGUGAUGCAGUUUAUCACGCUCAGGCACUUGCCAGCGCAGCCCGACGUAGUCGCAUCCGAGACUUCCAUGCCCGAAGUUACUGGCGCCAAAUCCACACCAACCGUUAUGCUUACCGAGCAAAGGAGGGAAGCGCAGCAGAUCAACAAGCUCAGGAAGCCAGAACACAUGCUCGACAUCGCCAUUGGCUCUGUAGCUUGCUUCUUGGAGAUGCCGAACGUCUGCGCGCUUCUCGCCCUUGUGGAAGCUAUACGACUUUCUUCAGGGCUGUCUGUGCCUGUCGAAGAGCAUGGAUCAUCCUCGCCUCCUGCUCCACCCACCUUCUCUUCAAGCAAUCUGAGAAUAGCAUCUGUGGAGCUCCUAUGCGCCUACGAAAGCGUUGCGUGCCUCGAGGCAGAUCAUGCUGCUGCCUUUGCCGCCUCUGUGCAAUCGUUCUGGAGGCGCCCAGGCAGAAGCCAUCCUCUCCUUGGCCAUGUUCGCCUUCACGGCGAAGGAAUUCGGUUACGGCAGACGCAGAGCAAUCAGACAACAGAAGUGAAUGCUACGGUAGGUGAUCUGCGAUUGACAGAGGGCAUGCGGAUGGGCAAGGUUGGUGAGCUUGUCAUCAUGCCGAUCCUUGUCUUUGAUGGUGAGCUGUUGAAUCACUCAAGGUGUGGAGCAGCUCAGCGCUUGUUCGAUUGGCGUUCUGGACUCGAUGGUGAAAGAAAUCCUUAUCUGAAGGGUGCUGCAAAUGGGGACAACGCCUGGAAAAUGAAGCCGCUGAGGGGCCGAACACCCUUGAGUCCGAGCCGAAUUGACAAAGGCAUUGACGAUACUGUUACCGCUUUGCUGUCCCUGCACGGCUCGCUCGAGAAGGAGGAAGCUCGCUUAGAAGUCACGCUUCCCUGCACGCACCUCUUCGUGGAUCUCUCCGUCGCGCUGAGAGCGGCUCCUCUUCUCAACGCGAUUGCCAGCUCUUCUGAGGCUCACACUGGACUCUCAACCGAGGAGGAACAGAUUGAUCUCGAGGACUCAACAAAUACGCUGGGUGCCAAUCAUCUGAAUACAGGCCGCGUCGUGGGAAACCCCAGUCGACAUACGAAGUUCUCUCUGUACUCCGAUCUUGUAAGAUUGGAGGUGCGGAUACCCAACUGUAAAGCUGCAGAGCCAUCUCUGCUACGCUCCGGUAUACUCGCCGUCGAUCUGGCCGAGCUUUCGCUCUCGACCGCUGGACCUUCACUCGAUCAAGAGCCUGAUGUGCAGCGGCCGCGCGUACGCUAUGCUGAGGGUAAACCAGGCGCUGAGAGUGGCCGUCCUGAAAAAAAGCUGGCACAGCUGAGCUUCCGAUCCCUCUCUAUUCACUUUCAGUGUGUAAGAGCCAGCGAAGCCGAAACACUCGCUGUGCUCACUCACUUGACAGAUGAUGAGGACAGACCCGAUCAGCACCCCUACUUUCCGUCCGUAAAGCUGAGCCGACAAUAUAAUGCAGCGGAAGGCACAGGAAGGCUUUCUGCAAGGUGCAAUCUUCCCCUCCUUGAAGUGUCUCUGUCAAAGUCAACUCUAGACGGCAUUCAGUUCCUUGCCGACGACUUUGCGUCUUGGUCAGCUGAAAUGUCGCAUCUGAGGACCAAUUCACAGCCUGAACAAGAUGGUCUCAAGAUUCUAGGGAGCCGCUUCUUUCGCAACUCCCACUCAGGUCUGUCUUCCGAUGUUGUGGAGUCUACAGCUACACUACAGCGGGUGGAUGGGCCAGUCAACCAGCCGAUAUUCAUUCUCGAGCUGUCAGAGCUUAAAGGGAAAGCAUUUGUGCCCCGUCUCAACCACAAGGGCGGAGAUCUUCGCGAACUCACGAUCGCGGGACGGGAACUGAGAGCUCAUUUCGAUCCUCUACACGACAAAAACACCACCAAUCUUGCAAUCUCAAUCGUGGCUCUCACUGUCAGUCAGAGUAUCGGAGAUGAUCAAAUUCUCAGGCCGCUCAUUGCUCCAACUCUUCAGCAAUCUCUGACACGAGGAGUCGCACCGAUGAUCUCGUUGACUCUGCUCUUCUAUGCCGACGCUGAAACUUCGUAUAGGGAGAGCAGAAUAGAGCCCCUCUUGCGAGACUUUACUGUCACUUUGGACGAGGAUUCGAGCCUUUUCGGAGAUAUUGCAAGCUUUGCAAAGUCUCCUGCAGGCACAUUCGAGAAUGUCGAGCCGAGCGAGCUGACUCGGCUGCAACUCAACCUGAUUGGUGCAUCGAUUCUACUGGCGCCCACCACUGCCACAGAGCGAGUUGCGGUCCUCUUGGGCGACCUCAGUGUGCGGAGCAAAUUAGUAGGCGGAGCUCCUCGAACCUCCCUCCAUGUUACUUUGAAUGACUCGUCUGCGUUCCUCGUAGACAAGCCAUUGGAUGCUGCAUCGGAACGAAGACAUCGAGUCAAGACACCCAGUGAUCACUGGCUAUCUUUAGGCUUCGUAAGUGUGCUCGAUCUUUCUGAACUGAAGAGCACUGUCACGACCAGCAAGUUGACUCUACCUGACGUCGAUGUGAGGAUUUCGAGGGCCAAAGCUCAGAUCAGCGCGUGUGCUGAUACCUUGACGGCAUUGAUCAGUUUGAUAUCUUCUUUCGUGGAACCUCCGGGGGGAACCGACGACCUCAACGGCAGUACCGAGCUGCGAAGCGAUAAAGGCAGCACUGCCAGCGCAUCGGAGUCUUCUUCUCAAGACAUCAUGGCUGGCAUCGAUGAAAACGCUUUCCGCGUCGAUGCGGAAGGGAUGACAUCAAUACCCGAUUUACUGGAGGAUGAUAUUCCGUCACGGCCCGAGUAUUACGGGGCUGAGCGUGUCAUUGAGCCACAAGACUAUGAAGAGACGCCGCUGACGGAAGAAGACUUCUUUGGCAGCGAAUCCAUAGCUUCGAUCGUGGAUCCCAUACCCAAAGAGAGCAAGACAGAGGCACAUUCAGGAUUCGUCAUCCUGGAUUCGGAAGUCGUUACAGUGAGACUUCUGGAUGAAAACGGCCUGCGACCAGUUCCAGGCUAUUUCAGCAGGCCGGAUCUGCAACCGAAGAAGCGUAGUAUCACAGACGCUUUUGCGUCCUCUUUUCGCCUGCGGGUUGAUGAUUUGGAUCUCUCGAUGCACUUGUUCGCUGGCUACGACUGGGCAAACACCCGGACGGAAAUAGAAGCAGAGAUCAAGCGUGUGCGUCGUCGGCUGCAGAAGAUCAAGCAGCUACUCGACGAGGGGCAAAGAGCUGACGAUAGCGUCGAAGACGCCAUACAAGAUCUCGCAGAAUCGAUGCACAUCGCUUUCGAAUCCAAUACCGAUGCUGCAGCGGCACUCAACAUGCUGGACGACGAAACGGGGCCUCAGUCAGAGACGGCUUCGUCCGCGAGCACGUGGCAGCCGCUACCGCGGAGCCAGGGCAGACAGAUCACGCAGGGACACUCUCAUCAAGGGCGGAGAAGAAGCAAGCUUGAGCGGUCACAUGCUUCCUUGCUGGAAUUUGUAUUCAAGGACAUCAGCGCUGAAUACGAUCAGAUGGUUCCCUCGGCUUCACUGGCUUCUCAUCUCAAUGUCCAGGUCUCUGAUUUGCAGAUUCUGGAUCACAUCAAGUCUUCCAGCUGGCAUGCUUUCCUCACCCGCAUGUCAGAAAAGGGUGUCAAGUUCAAGACGGGUGAUGAAGCAAAGAUGGUCCGGAUCCAGCUUCUCAACAUCAAGUCAGCCAGUCAUGAGCAAGGAGAGUUCCGAGUCAGAGCAAAGCUAUCGCCUCUCCGGCUACACAUCGAUCAGGAUGCACUCGAAUUUCUACAGAAGUUCUUUGCCUUCAAGCGUCCCAGCGAAUUGUUGAAAGCUCAGACCGCGCCGAGCCCUGCAGAAGCAGCGUCAGUUUCAGGCCCCUUCAUUCAGUACGCCGAGAUCCAUUCCAUCAGACUCAAAGCAGACUACAAACCCAAGCGCGUCAAUUAUGGCUUGCUUCGCCAAGGCAAAGCCAUCGAGCUGAUGAACUUCUUCCACUUCGAUGGCGCCGAGACUACCCUGCGUCAUGUCACUCUACGAGGCAUCACUGGUUGGGCCAAGCUCUUUGACACGCUCAACGACAUCUGGACGCCAGACGUCAAGACCUACCAAAUUGCCGACGUCCUAGCCGGUAUUGCUCCCGUGAGGAGCCUAGUAAACGUCGGUUCUGGAGUGGCAGACAUGAUUCUCAUUCCCAUUGAGCAGGUGCAAAAGGACGGCCGCCUCGGUCUAGGACUGAAAAAGGGCGCUGGUAGAUUUGCAAAGGUGACGGCAUUGGAAGUCUUGAAGUUGGGAGCAAGACUGGCUACGGGGACGCAGGGUCUGCUAGAAAAGGCAGAGCAGGCCUUGGGAGCCGAUUCGAGUGGAGCCAGCGGCAGCGGCAACGGCAGUGCUUCGUCGCAGCGCAAAGUCGCUCCGACUCGACGUGCCUAUGCUGACGAAGAGGCUGAUUUCGAUUCGGGAUCUGAAGACGAUCGGCCUUGGUCUACGCCUGCAGGAGCAGCCGGCACAGAUGGCGCAGUGGACAGUAUCCCUCUCAUCGACGACGAGGAGUACGGCGCGCUGAUCAGUAAAUUCGCCGAUCAGCCUUCCGACGUGCGCGAGGCCCUUUCGCAAGCCUAUCGCUCCCUGCGUACCGGUGCAAACGCAGCAGCGCAGACCAUUCUCGCCGUGCCCAUGGAAGUGUACGAAGCUGGCUCCGGUGGCAGUGGCAGCGGUGGUGGUGGUGGGCCGGGAGCAGCAGGUCGAACCGUGGUCAAGGCUGUGCCUAUUGCGGUGGUGCAGGGGGCCAAGGGAGCGAGCGAGGCGGUGAGCCGGACGCUGAUGGGCUUGAGAGGAGUGCUGGAGCCUGGUGGUGGAGAGGACAAGGAGAAGUACAAGAGACAGAGCCCAGCCACGGGUCAACAGGUAGCUUCGAGUCAGCAGACCUCCCAGAGGAGGAAAUGAGGCGAAUGGAGUUGAGCAGAUUGGAACGGAACGGAGAGUUGACGAGCACGUGUACUUUUAUCUUAUCAUCCAUGACCGUUGUAGCCUCCCCUUCUAUCGAUCUGAACAAUUGAGAGCAGAGCGAGUGAUUGUGU